AUCACACGUUCACGUAAUACUCCCCGAACAAGCUGACUUGUUGGGAAAUGCUCGAGGAUCUUAAAUCUCUCUGGUAGCACGCUGGACGGGAAAAAGUGAAGCCUCGUCGGUAAAGAAGAAGAAGAAAAAAAAAGACUGAAAUAUUAGAAAAAAAGAACCACUGGAUUAUUGAUCACCACCAGUUUACUUCAUUGAAGGUUGUGUUGUGGCAGGACACUCCGGGGCUAUAGGGCACGAGCUGCCAUGCCAUUUGGUUGUCUGACACUCGGGGAGAAGAAGGAUUACAACAAUCCCUCAGAGGUGACCGACAAGUAUGACCUCGGACAAAUUGUCAAAUCCGAGGAGUUCUGUGAGAUGUUCCGGGCGAAGGAUAGGAACACCUUAAAAAUGUACACCUGUAAAAAGUUCCACAAAAAGGAUGGAAGGAAAGUGAGGAAAGCGGCCAAGAAUGAGAUAAUGAUCUUAAAGAUGGUAAAACAUCAUAACAUCCUCCAGCUGGUUGACGCUUUUGAAACCAAGAAAGAGUACUUCCUUUUUCUGGAGCUUGCCACAGGCAGGGAGGUGUUUGACUGGAUCUUAGAUCAGGGGUACUACUCUGAGAGGGACACCAGCAAUGUCAUGAGGCAGGUGCUGGAAGCUGUGGCUUACCUGCACUCUCUGAAAAUCGUCCACAGAAAUCUUAAGCUGGAGAACUUGGUGUACUUUAAUCGCUUGAAGCACUCCAAAAUUGUUAUCAGUGACUUUCAGUUGGCAAAACUGGAAAAUGGGCUCAUUAAGGAUCCAUGUGGGACUCCCGAAUAUCUCGCUCCUGAAGUGGUUGGGAGGCAGAGAUAUGGAAGACCUGUGGACUGCUGGGCCAUCGGUGUCAUCAUGUAUAUACUUUUAUCUGGAAACCCUCCUUUCUAUGGUGAUGGUGAUGAAGAUGACUCUGACAGUCGUGAUAAGAACCUUUUCCUCAAGAUUUUGUCAGGCGACUAUGAAUUUGAUUCACCAUACUGGGAUGACAUUUCAGAUUCUGCCAAAAACUUAGUGGCAUCUUUGAUGGAAGUGGACCAAGAUCAGCGACUGACUGCACAGGAAGCUAUUGCCCAUGAAUGGAUUUCUGGAAAUGCUGCCUCAGACAAGAACAUCAAGGAUGGUGUCUGUGCACAAAUAGAAAAGAACUUCGCUAAAGCCAAGUGGAAGAAAGCUGUCAGAGUGACCACCCUCAUGAAGAGGCUUCGAGCGUCUGAGCAGGGUGACUCCGGGGCAGCUGCAGGGGCUGCAGCUGACCCCAAUGCACCCGGCGGCGCUCCUGCUCCUGCAGCCGGUGGCGGCGGCGGCAUGGCUGCCAGCAUAAAGGCUGCCCUUAGUGAAAAGGCUCCUGACACACAGACUGCCACCAUCUCUGCACUCUCCCUGCCCAGUGCAGCCAGACAGGAAGAGCAGUCACAGGCCCGGUGCAAUGGCGAUGUUCCACAAAUGUUGCCACAAAGAAAGGGCGACUAGGCGUCAAACAAAUACAAUAGGAGGACCCUUGCCAACCAACAAGCACAUGUGCAGUAGAGCCAAUAAAUUUGGCAUGAUGAUACCAUGUCUAUGCUGUUCGACUAUCCCCCAGUUUGCAGAGUUAUUUCACACCGUGCAUUUCAUCAUUUUUGCCUACUUGUACUGAUUGGUCUAUUUGAUAGUGUUCUCCACUCUCCCUUGUUAUUUUGUGUACAAGUCCCUUUAAAGUUAGUUGCAAAGUAGCUCUUCUGUUGUUUCCUUUCCCCUGAAAACUGUAAAAACUCUUAGUGUAUAGUGAAAUCAACUCAUCUUUAUCCAUCAGCUCAUUGUAUAUAGGUGUAUUUGUCUGUUUCAAGAAAUUUGCUAAUUUUCCGCUUCAGAACUUACAAGCCUGAGUUCGAGUCUUGUUACUUAAAAUUAUGAGUUGAAAGGUUUUGUAAAUUGAUCAUCUUAAAAUUUGAAAACGUGUUAAUUUAUUAACGCAGCUUUAAACUUAGCUUUCAGGAAACAUUUGAAAAGUCACAAUAUGAGUGAUGACGAAACAUUCUGACAAGUCAUUUCGUAACAGUCAGAUAAAUAGAAUCAAUUAGUGGAUUCAGCUUCACAGCCAGACUACUAAUCUGCUGGUUUAUCUUCAGUGCAGCACAAAUUCAGUCAACUUGCAAUUUUACAGCAGCAAGAAAAGCACAUUUUUAAGUUGAAGUGCCUUAAUAUUUGUUGCAGUAAUGUACUAAAAUGUUUCAGAAGAAACAACUUGAUGAUAAUUGCUUACUGAUUUCUUUGAAAUGUUUUAGCUGUUUUCCUUUGCCCUUCUGUUUAGUUUUACGCUGCUGUAUUGAUUCUUGUGUUCUGUCCUCUUUCACACUUCUAUUAAAACACAGAAAACGAUGUUUGGAGCAUUGUAUGUGUACUGGUGUUUUAGCUGUUGUUGUUGUGUUGUCACUUGUAUUUAGCAAACAUCAGAGUUUAUAGCUGAGUCCAUAUACUGUACCACUAUGUAUAUUUGCAUUGUAUACAUGUGUAUUUUUUUAUUUCCAUGUGUAUUUAGCAACAUUUAGCUGAGCUAACGGGUUGCUACAACGCUUGUGAAUGAAUAAAAUGAGCAAUACUAUUA